CUGGAGAUCCUAUUCUAACUCGUGCAAUAUCUAGGGCUUUACUUGUGUCUCUGUCGCUCUCUCUCUCGAUCUCCCUAUCCGAUAACAAUUGAAAUCAAUUAGGUUAAGGGUUAGGGUUUGCCUUUCCCCAGUCGAAUAACCGAAGAUGCCGCAAAGACAUUCGAAGAACAACAACGAUUUAGCCUUCUUCACGUACGAUGAGAAGAGGAAGCUAGGCUACGGGACGCAGAAGGAGAGGUUGGGGAAAGACUCGAUUAAGCCGUUCGAUGCUUGCUGCCUUUGCUUGAAGCCUUUCAUCGAUCCCAUGUCUUGCCAGAAAGGUCACGCCUUUUGCAAAGAAUGCAUUCUCGAAUGCCUUCUAGCCCAGAAGAAGGACAUCCAAAGGAGGCUUGCUGCCCACACUGCUCAGCAGAAACAAGAGAAGGAAGAGGAAGAGGAGAAGUUGAUGUUGCAGAAAGCUAGAGAGCUUGAUGCAUUUGAUCAGCAAAACCACGGUGCAGUGCCACAAUACAAUGGUAGAAACUAUAGCCGAGACAAGAACGGGUUCCAUGGGGCAAAUAGUGUGAAGGUCACUUCUUAUGAAGAGGAAGCACUCCGGACAAUGAAAGCAUUUUGGCUUCCUUCUGCCACUCCAGAAGCAUCUGUUAAAGUUGAGGCUCCUUCCACCUGUACGAUCUGUCCAGAAGGCAAAGAAAAACUCAAGCUGAAGAGCCUUUUUCCUAUCUACUUCACUGAAGAUGACAGUGAACAGAAGAAAUCCAAUUCUCUUGAUAAGACUUAUAUAUGUCCGAGCUGCAAGGUUACCCUGACCAACACAUUGUCGCUGGUAGCCCUGAGCUCCUGUGGGCAUGUCUUUUGCAAGAAAUGUGCUGACAGGUUUAUGGCUGUGGAUAAAGUUUGUUUGGUCUGUGAUAAGGCAUGCAAAGAGAGGAACUUGGUGACCUUGGAAAAAGGAGGGACAGGCUUUGCUGGCCAUGACGAUCAUCUUGAAGCAACCGAGUUCAAGCAUUUGGGAAGUGGUACGGGCUUGGGGCUUGUGAGACCUGCAGCGAAGACAUAAAACCCUGUUUUUACCUUUUUGGAAGUCUACUGGUAGCCAUCUUUGUGGAAGAAAAAGUGAAACAAGAAAGGGGAAAUAAGAUGCAACAAGUUUCAUUUCCUUAUGCCUUUCGGAUAGAUUAUCUUUACACAUCAUUCUGUACUUCUGGUAUGAAUACAUUUAAUGUGAAUUUUAAAAUAACAAUGGUGAUGCCAUUUCUUUUUCCAUGUUUAAA